AACAGUGCAACGAAUUGAUACUAUUCUCUUAUCCAGGAAAAGGAGAAACGAGAAAAGUAGCAAACUUUUUUGGGCCACAUACAAGACAGGAAAGGCAGAAUACUGAACAACCUUCUGGUUUCUUCAAUGGCUUUCACGUUGUCGGCCACGAACACGCUCAUCCAGAUAAGCUGCUCGAGCAAUUCUUCAAGCCCAUUCAUCUUCAAACCUCUCAAGCUCCCUCCUUUCUGGCCAUGGCAGAAGGUGAAGAUGGGUCCACUGAGCGUAUCUCCGAUGGGAUUUGGGACAUGGGCAUGGGGGAAUCAGCUUCUUUGGGGUUAUCAACCCUCCAUGGACGCCGAGCUUCAGCAAGCUUUCGACUUGGCCGUGGAAAACGGCAUCAAUCUGUUCGAUACUGCAGAUUCUUAUGGGACCGGUAGGCUUAAUGGCCAGAGCGAGAAGCUUCUCGGAAAAUUCAUCAGAGAAUUUCAGGACAAAGCUCCGAGACAAAACGACAUAGUGAUCGCUACAAAGUUUGCUGCAUAUCCAUGGCGGCUGACAUCGAGUCAGUUUGUAAACGCUUGCAGGUCCUCUCUGGACAGGCUUCAGAUAGACAAACUCGGGAUCGGACAGCUCCAUUGGUCAACUGCAAACUAUGCUCCCCCACAAGAGCUUGCACUUUGGGAUGGUUUAGUGGCAAUGUACGAGAAGGGCUUAGUUCGAGCCGUUGGAGUUAGCAACUACGGACCGAAACAGCUUGUGAAGAUUCACGAUUACCUCAAGGCUCGAGGCGUUCCCCUUUGCUCCGCUCAGGUGCAGUUCUCGUUGAUAAGCAUGGGGAAAGAGCAGCAAGAGAUCAAGAACAUAUGCGACGAGCUAGGGAUCCGUCUGAUCUCUUACAGCCCUCUCGGUCUUGGAAUGCUUUCUGGGAAAUACUCCCCUUCUAAACUUCCGUCUGGCCCGCGGGCCUUCCUGUUUCGGCGAAUUCUUCCGGGACUGGAGCCUCUGUUGAUAGCUCUGAAGGAAAUCGCAGAGAGACGAGAGAAAACUAUGCCACAGGUUGCGAUAAACUGGUGCAUAUGCAAGGGGACAGUUCCGAUACCGGGAAUCAAGACAGUGAAACAGGUAGAAGACAACUUGGGUGCCUUGGGAUGGAGAUUGAGUUUGGAUGAACAGCUUCAGUUGGAGAAUGCAGCUGCAGAAUCACCACGCAGGAUGAUUCAAAACAUUUUCCAGACCCGAUAAAAUCUGCUGAGACAUGAACAUGGUCAUGAAUCACAAUGCAGAAACCGAUGAAGAGAUCCUUCUUAUUCACCUUCACGGUCAUAAAUCUUUGCGAGCAGGAACUGUAAUCAAAGUCAGAAAAGGAGUCUGUUCCUAAAGAAUCCAGUUCCAUCGAACUCCGGGAAAAAAAGCAGCAAUGUAUAUACAUUCAUAAAGUCUUUGCCAUCACAGAGACAAGAUCCAAGAAAGGUUAAGGUUGUUGUCUCUGUGGGUUCUUACCAAACAAGACCUCUGCUCAGACUUUGUCUGGCCUUUCCCAGGCUUGUUCCUCUUUUUGUUUCGCUUUAUUUUCCUUCAAAACCAUGGAGAAUACAACAGUACACUAUCCAAUCUCUUUCAAUGUA